AUGAAGUCGAUCUCAAAUAUAUUAACCCCUGCACACGGUGGCAACGAUGUCGUUACAUUGGACGACAUCCUCGUCUACUUGGGAGAAUUCGGACUGUACCAGAAAGGCCUUUUCAUGAUGCUCAUGCCAUUCUGCUUCUUCCUAUCGUUCGUUUACUUUACCCAAAUAUUUAUAACCGUCACGCCUGACGAGCACUGGUGCAAGCUGCCAAAAACCGAUGCAAUGACUGUGGAAAAAUUGAGGGAUUUGGCUAUACCCAGAGCUGAGGUCGUCAGCGACGCAGAAGUUCCUCAUGCUCUUCCGUAUUCACGAUGCUGGAUGUACGAUUUGCCGAUUGAAAAAAUUAUCGCGGCUGCUAAACCGGACGAAAAGUGGCCUGUCAAACGAUGCGACGACUGGGAUUAUAAUUUUACGAAAGCUGAUGUUCCGUACUCGACAGUCGGUACCGAAUUGAAUUGGGUUUGCGACGACGCUUACCUGAUGAAUCUGGCGCAGAGUAUAUUUUUCGUGGGUGCAAUUUGCGGUGGUUUAUUGUUCGGUUGGUUGGCAGACAGAUACGGCCGAAUCCCAGUGCUGAUGGGCACAAAUUUGAUGGCGUUCGUCGGUGGCCUCGCGACCGUUUUCAUCACGAACUUUUGGCAGUUCACUCUGUGCCGUUUCAUCGUCGGUUUCGCGUUCGACAAUACUUUUGUCAUAAUGUACAUACUCUGUCUGGAAUACGUGGGCCCGAAAUGGCGAACUUUCGUGGCGAAUGUUGGCUACGGGGUUUUUUACACUAUCGGGUGCAUGGUCAUGCCGUGGAUGGCGUACUUCAUUUGCGAUUGGAAGUUAUUCGCUGUUGCGACCUCCGUGCCACUCGCUUCAGUGAUUUUAACUCCGUUCAUACUACCGGAAAGCAUUCGGUGGCUAAUAACCGAAGGAAAAAUAGAAAAGGCAGUGACGAUAAUGAUGAAGAUCGAGAAAGUCAAUGGAACGGAUGUGCCGCAAGGAUUGUUCGAAGACUUUUUAGACGAUUGUAUGGAGACGGCAGAAAACAGUCCGGCAGAGGACACGAGCAUACUUGAUUUGUUCAAGACUCCUCGGUUACGUAGAAUAAGCAUAAUAUUGAUAGUGGCGUGGAGCAUAAUGGCGAUGGCGUACGAUGGCCACAUACGUUGUUUGGACCAAUUGGGUCUCGAUAUAUUUACGACAUUCACGAUCGGCUCGUCGACGGAAUUUCCUGCGGUUUUGUUGAUAAUGUAUACGCUGGAUGUAUGGGGAAGAAAAUGGACGCUUUUCGGGGCAGUUAUGAUUUCCGGUAUAGCGAGCUUCGUAGCGUGUUUCGUACCGGUCGGUAUUUAUUUCGCUUCUUGCGCAAUGGUUGGACGAUUAUUCAUCAAUUCGGCAACGAAUAUCGCGCUGCAAUACGCUUCCGAAUUAUUGCCGACCGUUGUCCGCGGCAAAGGUGUCGCUUUCAUACACAUUAUGGGCUAUGUGUCCUCGAUCAUCAGCCCAUUCGUCGCUUAUACCGUCAAUAUUCAUCGGUUAUUGCCCAUGCUCAUACUCGGCACUGUCUCCAUAUUUUGCGGCCUACUUGGACUAUUCGUACCCGAAACGCUCAGGGAACAGUUGCCUCAAACGUUGCUAGACGGUGAGCUGUUCGGAAUCGACCAGAGUUUCUGGGACUUUCCUUGCAUAAAAGGGGCAAGAACAUUGCGAGGUGGUUUGGGCAUGACGAGCGCCCUCGACCUGACACCGAACAAGCAUUAUCUUCACGCUGCUGUGCCGGCGCGACGAGAUGCUCAAUUACGCAGCAGUAUGGUUUCCGGUUACACCGGAAACGAGAGCCGCGUGAAGGCUAUCCGAGCUCAGAAGAUUCGCGAGGGUAUACGACCGCGAAGGAGUUUACUCGCGACCGCAACGACCCCCAUGGAAUACGUCGAACGCCUGAGAAAAGGUUAUCGUGAAAACAGAGAAGAAUUAGCACGACGCGAAAAAGCACAGCAGGAUAUUGGUGGACCCGUCCCGUCGCAGUCCCCGACCGAUCAAAAGAAGAAAAAAGUUCGAGUCCAAACGGACGACGAAAAAAAUCCAUGACUCCAGUUCUUUCGACAUCCUUUUUUAUUGAUUUACCAACCAA